UUAAAUUGAUAUGGAAUGCUACAGAAAAAAGUGUUUCUUCAGUAAUAUUUAAUGGCGAAACUGUGACAGUUUUAAGUCAAGCUCGUUCUCGUUCAAUUAUUGUGGAUUUGGAUGAACCAGAUUCAGUGAUUAUAAAAGGUGAAACUUAUAAAAAAUUAAAUGAAAAGAAACUAUCGAAAGUCUCAAUCGAUGAUGACAGUCAACCCUUCAGAAAUCAAAAUGAUAAUCAUGCUCAGCAAAAAGAAAGUGACAAUGAAACAUCGUCGCAAAUUGAUGAACUAGAAGAUGAGAUCAUGUCAAAUAAAAAAAAAAACAAGCAAAAUUCCAAUUCAUAUAAACGUAUUGAUGUAUUAUCAGAAGACGAAAUAAUGCUCGAUGUCUCCUCGCCGUCAGCUAAUGAAGAUGAAAUUUCAAAUGUUUCAAUUCCAGCUGAUCAAAAUGAUUACUCAAGAGUUAUAAUAUAUCCUCAUGAAAUAUCGAAUAUUGAUACAGAAGAACAACAUUCACCAAAUAAUUAUGGAAAUAAUCAUCAGUUGAUCGAAGAAAAUGAUGGGAAUACCCUUCUAGAGAGAAUCGUUGUCGAUGAUGAACUCCGGGCUGAAAGGACACACGAAAUAUCAUCAAAAAUUGUUGAAAACAUUGAAGAAAUCGAUAAACCACCAUUACAAAACAGUAAAAAGAAGCAAAUUGAAGAUGAAAUGCUUAAUGAAGAGAGUUUUAUAUCAGACGAUGAUGAAGUAGACAAUGUCUCCUCGUUGUUAAAUACAAGCGGCCAAGUAUAUACUUUAGCUGGGGACCAAGGGUCCGAUGAGGAAAUUGAGGAAGUUACUGCAAAUAAAAUUGAAA